AUGGCUGCAAAGGUUGCAGUUCCGCCUACGUGCGGCAGCCUGGCGAGGUGCCGCGUGUCCGCAGCGCCAGCUUCGCGCGCGAGGCCGGUGGCGCGCAGGGCGGUGCGUGCGGCGGCCGCGCAGAUGGACCGCGGCGCGUCGGGCAUGGACGUCGAGGGCAACCGUCCGACGUCCCCCCGGGCCUGGCGCAUCAUGAGCCGCACGCUCAAGGCCGCGAACCUGCAGUUUGUCUCCGUCGACAAAGUGGCGAGCAUGAGCAAGGGCGGCGGCACCAUCAUCGACGUCCGCCCCCCCGCGGACUACGAGGCGGGCCACAUCCCCGGCUCGGUCUCGGUCCCGCUGUACCAGCCGAUCUCCGGCUGGAGCGUGCGGCAGAUCUGGCGCCGCGCGGGCUUCGCGUUCUUCGGUGUCUUCAACGGCACCGAGCCCAACCCCAACUUCGUCAAGGACGUCCAGGAGGUGCUCUCGAACAGCAAGGGCGCGGCGGUGCUGGUGUGCAGCCAGGGCGGGACGCUGCAGGAGACGGCCGCGAGCGUGGACGGCAAGCAGACGCGGUCGUUGAUGGCGGCGUACGAGAUCUCGUUGCUGGGCAAGUUGAAACAGGUCUCCGUGCUCGAAGGCGGCUUCGCGGCCUGGGCCAAGGCGGGGAAGGAGAUCGAGGAGUGA